AUGACCGGCUUCCUCAUCCCGCCGUGGUUCGUGUACACCGAGCCGUCCGCCCUCGAUAUGAACGUAGCGUCGAUCAUCUGGGGUGUCUCGCUCGCCUCGGCGGUGUUCACGGCCGCGAAAGCGUACAGGCAGACCUCGACAAUAUGGAAUCGAAAGAAGGGCAUAAACGGCUACGUCGCCGCGAUCUGGCUGGAGUUGGUCAUGAGCGUCAUCAUGAGCAUUGUCUCUUGGUUAUAUCUUUGGGGGGCUGUUGAAUCAUCUUUCCCCUUGUUCUUCAUCAUCCUUGUUCUAUGGUGUUUCCAAACCCAAUGCGUCAUCCAGAUCAUCAUUAACCGGAUCGCCCUCUUGAUGCGAGAUCAGAGGAAGGUGAACAGGAUGAAGUGGGGGUUUGGACUGGGUCUCGGUCUCGUCAACAUCAGCGUCUUCUGUGUCUGGCUCCCAGCCCGACUGCAAAUCUCGAAAACAUACAUCAACGUCAACGAAGUCUGGGACCGUGUGGAAAAGGUCAUCUUCUGCCUGAUAGACGCCAGCCUCAACCUCUAUUUCAUUUAUCUUGUACGGUCGAAGCUCAUCUCCAACGGGCUGGCCAAGUACAACCGGGUGUUCCGCUUCAAUCUGGCCAUCAUAGCCUGUUCGGUGUCUUUGGAUGUCAUUCUCAUCGGUGUCAUGUCGCUUGGACAAGGAUUCAUCUACGUCCAAUUCCAUCCGCUCGUCUAUCUCCUGAAGCUUCACAUCGAGUUGAACAUGGCCGAUCUGAUCGCCAAGGUCGUCAGCAGCGAGAAUGGGGGUUCUCACCCCUCUGGCUCGGGAGACGUCUACCACAGAUCCCAUGGUACCGGCAAGGCUGACCCUCGUGGCUUUCACAUGAACACUCUUGUGACGGCAAACCGUCAAUUUGCUCACGAUCACGACGACGAUAACGAAGUCGACCUGAAUGCUCGGCCGAAGGGGGGUAUCCAGAAGACUGUGGAGACCGAGGUACGACACAUGGACGAUGAUAAUGCAAGUCAAAGUUCGACUUCCGAGCUGCAGAAGAGCCAUGAUUAUAUUGCGGGGGCGUAG